AUGCCGGCUCGAAAGGUCUUGAAAAGGCCGGCGGCGGCCAAAAAAAGGCCGAGCUCUGGAAAAAGUGGUAAGAGCGGCUGGGCAACUUACCGGGCGAAGGAAGAGCUUGCAAGAAUACGAACUGACAACGAGCUGCGACAGCUCAAAAAAGAGAGAGCUGAGCUGCAGAGCCCGCCUCUAGGCCUCAACGCUGCUUUUAUUUCUGCAGUAAAGAAAGAGGAGCUUCAGAAGGAUCCCGCCGAGGAGCUUGCUGCGAUUCAGAAGGAUCAUCCCGCCGAGGAGCUUCCUGCGAUUCAGAACGUGAAGGAGGAGCUCUCCGAGGAGCUUGCUGCGAUUCAGAACGGCGAGGAGGAGCUCUCCUUGCAGGACACAGCUGUACAGACUCCAAAAAACUGGGCUAAGGAGCUCUCUCGGCGAAACUUGAAGAUCCUCUCGACAAGGAUGGUCCAAGAUGGCUUGAAGGCUAAUGCUAAGCUUCGUGCAUCUCCGAGGCUACAAUGUUUGGUUUUGGCUGGACUUCCAGCCUCUGUCUUGAUGGUCGUGACCACGGUUAUGCAACAUAUGACCAUGCCAUCCCUCGCCCUUGAUGCAGUGGAAAAGUACGCUGGUGUGAAGACAAUUGCGAGGGCCUUCAGGUUGGAGAACCGAUGGAUUUUGAAUCAGUUCUUGGAUAUGGAAGAUUGGCAAGUUCGCUCACCUUCUAUAUACGAGGUGCAGGUGGUGCUGGAAACCUUCAAUGAAAAGCUCAAGGACCCCGAGUAG